AUGUCGCUCCGGGACCUCUUAGACGUUCUCCUCUGUCGUCAUGCAGUCGUCCUUCGCAUCCUUCGUCCACGGCCACUUUCAGCCUGUGGCGACUACUACGCUCAUGGCGAGCACGCUCAUCAACCCUUGUACUUCCCACCCGCCAGUUACCCGCUGUUCGACCCGCACAUUUUCCUGGGGCAAUCGCCGCUUUCCCCACCCGCAUUAGUUCUCCCUCCUUAUGACGAUAGUCGCUAUUCUGAUCCUUUUCCGUCACUGUCCUCGACGUACGAGGACUAUCCGCCCCAGCACGGUCAGCACGAACCGCCGAACGAGUCUACUCCUCUGAUCCACUCUCCGAUCCCCGUAUCCGCCUACUCCACUCUUCUCGCUCAUGUCGAGUACGCCUCUCAAGAGUCUUCUACAUCCUCCCCAAAAUCCCCUCAGGCAGAGACUCUCCACGAGUCUUCACAGGAUGUGGCGCACUCACAUCCAACUAUCAUCGCCCUUUCACCUGCUCCUGAGCAUCCGCCUCUUCCCCCAGCUUUCGAUAUCUCGGAGGACGGGGACCUUAAGUCGCGCGGUACCGUGGAGCCAUACACCGCUCUUCACGCCACCUUCCCGACGCCGUCCGAACUAUUGAAUGGCCUCAUGCAGGACAAGUCUGAGGCGAGCGCUGUGUCAGGUGCUCACGUACCCGUUGAGGUUCUAGACGCCUGUCAGCUAUCGGAUCCUCCCUCGCCUCCCAGCCAACCUGCCGCGAGGGCCAGGAAUCGCGCGAGGAUUCCAAGUACUCUUCGGCCAGCGCAGCCCGGCAAGCCGGAAAACCUUCGAAAAGGCUACUUCCGCUCCGUAGCUGACAACGUCGGGUUUCAGCCCACCGACCCAGACACGGUAACGUCUCACGAUAAGAAGAGACACUAUUUGGAGUGCCUCGAGCAGUACAUCCUCUGGCUGCAUGAUCAAAUCGGGCUAGCCGGUCACGCCCCUUCGCGGCUGGAGCGUAUCGACUCGUACCGCGGCUUAAACAGCCCCACAAUACGGGCAGGUUAUUCCCAAGCUUGA